AUGUUUGGUGGCGGCUCCAAAUCCGAUUCCGCUGACGACUCAGGUAACACCAUCAAGAAGUCUCCAUCGCCCGAUUCAAGGGCGGAUGGCAUACCCAUAAAGACCUCGGAGCAGGCAGCUGGCGAGAAGCGCAGUGGCAAUGGCAGCCCUCCCGGACGAACCGACACUGGCGCCGCAGACAAGAAGCGCAGGAGUAGCACCGUGGGGUCCAAGGCUAGCAGCCUCAUAGCCAGCGCGAAGCAGUCCCUGAACUUCUCCCAAGUUGGCCGACAACCCGCGGACCCGGCCAACUCCCACACGCCCUUGCAAAAGCUGGGCAAGCAGGACCCGGCCCUCGCCGUGCCUCAGGGCCAACAUAACAACUCUGCGGGCGAGUCCCUGCCCGGGCCACGCUCAACAUUCCGUGUUGGUGUCUGGGAAGAUCGGAACAAGAAAUGCCGACGCACCAUGGAAGACACUCAUGCCUUCUUGUAUAACUUCCUCAACACCCCGGCUCCUGCGCUCAAUGUCGAUAACGUUAGCACCAAAUCAGGUGUAUCCGGCGAGAGUGCCCUCUCACAACCUGAGAUGAUAUCACAGGAAAUGGUCGAGACGGACAAUGGCUACUUCGCUAUCUUCGAUGGCCAUGCCGGAACCUUUGCUGCAGAUUGGUGUGGAAAGAAAGUUCAUAUCCUCAUGGAGGAAAUCAUUCGAAAAAACCCCAACGUCCCAAUACCCGAACUUCUGGAUCAGACCUUCACUACUGCCGAUGCGCAAUUGGAAAAGCUUCCACUCAAGAACAGCGGAUGCACCGCCGCCGUCGCUGUUCUGCGUUGGGAAGACCGAGUGCCCAGCUUCAGCUCCGCCACCGGCUCUCAGUCGAUAGCCCCUGCUGCUGCUGCGGCCUCGAAGGAGGGAAUCAAGACCAAGGAUGGUAAGUUGGAGGACAAUGACCACACCACCCCUGAGAGUGCUCAUGCCAAAUUAAAAGGCUCCGCCCAACGUCAACGAGUCCUCUAUACUGCAAACGUCGGCGAUGCGAGAAUCAUUCUCUGCAGAUCCGGAAAGGCCUUGCGGUUGUCGUACGAUCACAAAGGUAGCGAUGAAAAUGAGGGCAAGCGUAUCGCCAACGCUGGGGGGUUGAUCCUGAAUAACCGCGUCAACGGUGUCCUGGCCGUGACUCGUGCACUUGGAGAUACAUAUAUGAAAGAUCUCGUGACGGGCCACCCUUACACCACUGAGACGGUCAUUCAGCCCGAGAUUGACGAGUUCAUGAUCAUAGCUUGUGAUGGAUUGUGGGACGUCUGCUCGGAUCAGGAAGCCGUAGAUUUGGUUAGGAACGUCGAGGACCCGAGCCAAGCGGCCAAGAUGCUUGUGGAUCACGCUCUCACGCGCUUCAGCACUGAUAACUUGUCAUGCAUGGUCGUGCGCUUCGACAAAGUCGCCCUGGUGGAAACACAGAAAGACAAGGCCAUCGGCGUCGAAGGCGACGCUUUCGACACGAGUGGUAAGGUCAGCGAGGCCGAAAAGAUUGUGGGCGCGGCCAAGCAGAAGAUCGCAGAUGGAGCACCUGCUGUUGGUGUAUCAGGUAGCAACAGCGGUCGUGGUCAUGACCCUAUACCGCUUGGCGACAACGAAACAUUCCAGCCAACGACCCUGAGAGGCUCAGUUGACGAGGCACCCGAAGACAGCGAUGCUCCUGAAAUCAUCACGGAAACCGUGCCAAACCCUGGCUCCCAUGUCAACACCAUUGAGAAGUCGCAUGGUGCUUGA